AAGAUUUCAAAUAUUCAAUCUUACGUGAAGGAGCCAGCGUACCACUAGAGAGGACAAAUGAUGAAGACAAUGCUUAACGUAGUCAUCAUUGCUCGAGUGUGGUUUGGGGCAUUUCUCCUGAUUGGGAUAGCCUCUGGACAAGCUACGUCACUGACAAGCGGGUCAACUUUGGUUUCUAAUGACGUCAUCAAUGCUUUGAUACGGACAUUGAAUCACCGACCGGUACCAUCACCUGACCAAAUGGUUAAAGAUCCGUUGGGGACCACCUCCAGAAGUUUGCAGACUUCUGAUGCAUUUAUACGACAACAAAAACCAAUUGACGAACUCAUUGAAGAGGCUAAGUCAGAUUCUGCAAUAGUUCGUCUUGCUGAUCAACAACAGAUGAUGAGCCAAGAAAGGACUGUAAUUGAAGGCGACAUUGUUAUUGAUCAGUCAGAAUUGGCAGAUAUGGACAAACAAAUACGAUUUGAUUUAAUGGAAGAUCUAAUUUUGAGAAGAUUCCCGAAAGUUCGCCGGACUGACACAGCUUUGAAAGACCUAAUCCGUGCAUUACUGAAACGAAUAAUGGGAACAGCCCCCGUGAGACGAAAGCGAGCUGCGAUACAAACAGGAAAAUGGCCAAGUGGACAAAUGGGAAUACGAAUAGCCAGUUCUGGAUUUACUACAAGACAGAAAAAUAGAAUAGCUGAAGCCAUGAACGAGAUUUCAGAGAGAACCUGCAUCUGUUUCAACAUUGUCAGCAGGACACAGGCUCUUCAGAGAGUCCCUCACGUACGAAUUGUAAAUGGCAACGGAUGCAGUUCUUGGGUUGGUAGAAAUCUCCGGAAUCAAGGUGGCACCCGUUCCCAGGAUCUCACUUUGGCACGUGGAUGUAGAGGGACCCGUAUCAUUACGCACGAACUGCUCCACGCCAUAGGUCUGUUUCACGAACAAUCCAGACCGGACAGAAAUCGUUACGUACGCGUCUUCUUGAGAAAUGUGGAGCCUGGCACACGCGGAAAUUUCAGGCGGUACAGCAGAGCAACAAUUGACUCUUUAGGAAUCCCGUAUGACUACCGUAGCAUUAUGCACUAUGGCAACAGAGCAUUCAGCAGGAAUGGUCGGUACACUAUCAUACCGCGACCACGAGAAAACAGAAGGCGUUAUCUUGAUAUCAUCGGCAAAGCUACAGAGAUGAGUGAGAACGACGCGAGGGCAAUUAAUGGAAUGUACAGUUGUUCCACACCCAUCAUUCCGGAUAGAUGUGCCGACUAUCCCUAUUCAUUUCAAUGAUGUCAUACAGAUCCGUAAAAUAUAGGCUGAUGUGAAAAAAAUGUAGGCAAAUCAAAACGCAUCAUACAUAGAUCGGGAUCGAUUUUAUUAGUUUUGUGCAUCGCUUGAUCUAACUGCCCUCAGAUUUUCUUUCAGUCCAACUCAAGCAGGACACACUUUUAAAAUCAUGUUUAUUUAAUGUUGGGAUCAUUUUCUUUCGAAAAUUAAACAGUUAUUUUGAUGCGUACA